GCAAAAAACAUGUCUGAAACAUCAUUGAGUGACGAUGAGGACGUUGAGUCUGUUGUUAUUGACAACGGUUCUGGGACUUUUUUGGCGGGGUUUGGUGGUGAUGAUUCUCCAACAGCAGUUCUAAGACCCUCUGUGAUUGGUAAACGACGAUUUCAGGCAGAACUUUCCGAUGGGGACACCUAUAUUGGUGACAAAAUAAAUAAAAAUCGAGAAUUGUUAUCCCUUACCUACCCGGUCGAAAGAGGCAUCGUGACGAACUGGGAUGACAUGGAAACAAUAUGGCGGUAUGCUUUUGAGCGGGAACUGCAGAUCAAAUCUGAAGAUAGGCCUGUUUUGAUGGCAGAUGCUACUCUAAAUCCAAUAGGAAACAGAGAAAAGAUGAUACAGGUUAUGAUGGAAUCUUUUCUCGUUCCUGCCUUCCAAGUAAUGAACCAAGGGAUCCUGUCCAUGUACGCAAGCGGACGUACAUCAGGCACCGUUGUGACUGUGGGAGAAGGAGUAUGUCAUGUUGACCCUAUUUAUGAAGCUGUACCGGACCUCCUUGGUAGAAGACGAGUGGAAUUGGCAGGACGAGAUUUAACGUUACACCUACAGAGACUCUUACACAACAAAGGGUACUCCUUCACCUCAUCAGCUGAGAUUGAAUUGGUCAGGGAUAUGAAGGAGAAGUUGUGUUACGUCAGCUUUAAUGUAGAGAAAGACAAAAUCACCUCUGCUUCCUCCCCAGAUCUGGACAAAUCCUACACACUACCUGAUGGGAACAAACUCACGCUGAGCAACGAAAGAUUUAUGUGUCCAGAAGCUUUGUUUCAACCGUCAUUGUUAGGUCUGGAUUUUAAGGGAAUUCAUCACUUGGUGACAGACAGUAUCCUUGCCUGUGAUAUAUGCACUCGCCGAGACCUAUUUCAUACCAUUAUACUAUCAGGAGCAUCCACCAUGUUUCCAGGAUUCCACGAGAGAUUUAUGCAUGAAAUCACAGGUUUGGCGCCUCUACCUUCAAAAGUUAUUGCCCCUCCUGAGCGGAAUAAAUCUGCCUGGUUAGGAGGAUCCAUUGUAGCUUCCUUAUCGUCAUUCGAUAAACACCUCAUCUCAAAACAGGAGUAUGAAGAGUUUGGACCCGGGAUAGUUCAUCGAAAAUGUAGAUAUUAUUGACUGGUCAAAGUCGGAACUUGCUCCAAGAAACUUUGAAUAAUAUAUGAGACAUAAACUUGGGCUUUUUGUACUUUCCAGAGAUAAUGCACUUUCACCGAAAAUAUCAUAAAGAAAUGUAUGUGCAAGUGAUUUUGAAGUUAAAAAAAAGCUAGUGAUUUGCUAAUGAUCUGUCACUUCGGCAUGUUAAUUUAGUAAUCAUGACAUAAGCAUCAAAUUAAACAAAAAAACAUGUACAGU